GCCGUUUGUUAUUACAACGUAUUAUCUUGCAGCCUUGCUUUUAAUCAAAACUGUCAUCAGUAGCCACCCUGUUCCCUAAUGGACGUCGUGUCCGUUUACAGUAGCGAGGAAACCAGUCUUACCUUGCUUUGCUGAUGAAUGGAGUAGACUGAGUAAAGGCUCUUUACCUAGCUUACUAGGAAAUUUGGUGCUCUUUCAACUGAUUUAUCUCUGCUUGGUGAUACAAAAAAGGCCAAUCGUUGACGCAAAAAAUUGAAAUGGAAGAAGCGAAUAAGGUAAGCUAAAGUGGGAGAUCUGUUUGUGUUUAUCAAAAUGCCACUACCUCGUGGUUCUAUAACAUCCCAUUUUCAGACGAAUGAAUUAAGACAAUUGUACUUUACAUUCAAUGUGCAUUCGUGAGAAAUCGCUACCAAACAAACUUUGCUUAUUUGAAAGGCUGCACUUGGUGCUUUACUAAAGACCACAGAAAUGUUAACGUUCUUAAACCUUGACUUCCGCAAAAAAGAAAAAAAAUCAUUUUCCCCACGUAAAAUUCCGGACUCCGAAACAAAACGACUACUAAACAACUGUGCAGCCCGGGUAAAUCUGCAAUUUGAAAGACUGACACGAUGGUAGCAAUUUUUUCCGCGAGAUGUAUGAACUUGGGGCUGCAUUCAGUGUCUUGUGGCAGUCGCAAAACAAUUUGAAGUGAGUUAUAUUGCCACGUUUCGAUACCUUUGUUGCCGUAGACAAGCUUAGUUUUAGAGAGCAGCAGAAAGACUGAACCCCUUCGAUUCGUUCCACCUACGGCCUCCAUCCUGUAGCCUACCAGUGUGUCAAAAAUAUCGAUAAUCAAAUAAAAUUUGUGUUGAAAGCUGAAACAACACAAUACCACUUGGCGAAGUUCACUUCUGUUUAAUGUUCUCAAUACUGACUCAAAACCAAGUAGGUCAAGUAGUUGUUAGAUAUGAAAGCUACAAUAGCCACAAAAGCAUUUAAAUUUUGCAAUAGAGCGACUUUUCUCUGAAAUCGCCGUUGCGUUCUUAAGGGUCUAAAAGACUUUCCAAACUUGUUAUCAAGGCCUAAAUUCUCUGUAUAAUGCAUUAUUAAACGUUUUUUUCUACUUGAAAUUCCAUACAAUCCGGAAAUAUUCACCUCUUAAAACCUGAAGAUUGUGUUCGUGAAAGAAUGUUCGUUAUAUCCGAUGACGAAAAUUAUACUCCAAUAAUGACAAAUUAUCAGUGCAGGAAAUAAUUUUUAAGAAAGGUUAAUACCGCUGAAUUUCGAUUAAUUUCAGCCCCGGUGGAGCUUACCUGUUAAAAAUAUGGCUUAGGGAUAAAAAUAUGGCUUGUGGUGGUCUACGUAAGAGAGAUGGGGUCUUAGAGUAGCAUAAUGGAUUUAGCAGAUCCACAUUUAACAAUGUGUCGAUACGCAUUAUCCGGAAACUCGGGAAAUCUACAAACCUUAUUUUCAAGAAGCACAAUAUAAAGGUUCGAUAUGGGUAAUUCAUUACGAUAUAUUGCUUGAACGCGAGUUAUAUUUCCUUUAGAGUUCACGUAUCCUGACUCUAUGUAAAUCCAGUCACCUAGCUACAUCCUCUACGUUCUCUCGCGAAAAAGAAGUCAGCAAGGGAUUAUCAGUUAGUACCAAAGAGAUUUUAAGUGCACGGAUUUGUUCACCUGCAAAUCUACCUGCCACAAAACCACACAAGGUUUGUUUUCUUUGUUUGUUUACGUGGCGGUGGUUUAUAAAACAUUUAUGGCAGACCGCGGUGCGGUUUUCACCCAGGCAAUCUAAAAGCAAACGCUUUAUAGCUUUGUCAAAUAAUUAACUUACCAUACGUAUAUAAAGCUUUAUUAUCAAUUUCUAGGGCAAGGAUAUAUUUUUUACAGGUCGCCUGAGCUUGAGGAAUAUUUGCUUUGUCGUAUGUGAGUUAAUGUGUUUUUAAACAUAAUCGUUUCGAGAGACUGAUAAUCGAAUUAUCUCAUUCCAAAGUCUGAUUCUAUACAUUUCUAACUUUUAUAUCUGUGGACGAAAUCUUGUGGAGUUACCCUUCUAAUGAAACCAGUUUGGCAGUAAUUUCACGUAGCAAACGCCUUUUGAGGGGUUGUUUAAAAUAUUGUUAAAUUUUCCUUAUUAUUAUUAUUAUUUUUGCUGUGGAUACCACAGGCGGCCCAAACUCACGUUGCGAGGGAAGGGUGUAAUGUAAUUUACAUAACAUAUGUGACGCGCGCCGGUGUCGCGUUACAGGCGACCGUUGAAAAUAUAAGAGACUUUGUAUGGGAAAUAUGUCACUGAGAUCUGUGAACGCCAAAUAACGCUAAACCUUAAUUUUUCUUAAAUGAAAUGAAUAAAAAAGUCUUACCUGCAAUCUAUUCCGCUGCGGUUUGGUGUCUGUUUGUCGUUUUGCUGUUUUUUUGGCUUUAUUGCGUAACCACUGUUACUCCUUUCAUAGAACGAAGUGAAGGCUGGUCACUUCCAUCUGUCGGGGUCCUGGACCAGUCGCCAAAAAAAUGCCGUUUUUUUCGCCGAAAUUCAAAUCCGCUGCAAAUUUUUCAGCUCCAGCCCAAGAAGGAAACCUCUUCUUCCUCUCUGAGAGAUCGGCUCGAAAAAAAAUCCAUAAUUUCCUCAUCAAAUCGAGCCAUUUGUGCCGGACUUCGAGGCAAGUCUGGCUUUCGUGCAGUGCCUGUGACCACUGUCGCACUUACCAAGGUUUCCAAUUUCAAAUGCAAAUUAGUUGCUAGGGUGACAAUUAGCACUUACGCGACGGGUGCAAGGGCAGAAAUGACCCGUUUAAACUAGGCUCCUCGCCCCACCACGCUAAGGGAGUAAUAUGACGCUCGUGCUAUGUGAGGGAUCGCGUGUCCAGGUAGGCAACGAUUCUAUUUUCGUAUUGCUGUAAUGGUUGAUAACAAGAGUUUACAACGGAAAAUGUAGUUUUUCAUAUAUUCCAGUAUGCUAUCUACUUUGAAGAGGUUGAGAUCUGGUGACGAUACCGAUGUAAUUCCCUUCAAGAAAUCUAGGCAUGGUAUUCCCUUUGGAUUUUUUCGACGGAAUGAUUCCUCACUAAUAGAAAAAGGAAUAACCUAUUCAAAGCUUGGUGUUUGUUGUGCAUCGAAUAAUACACUCCAUUCAUCAUCUCGCUGAAACAUACUCCCGUUAUUAUGAUCCUUUCGUUGCCUACCUGGACACGCGAUCCCUCACAUAGCGCGAGCGUCAUAUUACUCCCUUGGCGUGGUGGGGCGAGGAGCCUAGUUAACGGGUCAUUUCUGCCCUUGCACCCGUCGCGUAAGUGCUAAUUGUCACCCUAGCGACUAAUUUGCAUUUGAAAUUGGAAACCUUGGUAAGCGCGACAGUGGUCACAGGCACUGCACGAAAGCCAGACUUGCCUCGAAGUCCGGCACAAAUGGCUCGAUUUGAUGAGGAAAUUAUGGAUUUUUUUUCGAGCCGAUCUCUCAGAGAGGAAGAAGAGGUUUCCUUCUUGGGCUGGAGCUGAAAAAUUUGCAGCGGAUUUGAAUUUCGGCGAAAAAAACGGCAUUUUUUGGGCGACUGGUCCAGGACCCCGACAGAUGGAAGUGACCAGCCUUCACUUCGUUCUAUGAAAGGAGUAACAGUGGUUACGCAAUAAAGCCAAAAAAACAGUAAAACGACAAACAGACACCAAACCGCAGCGGAAUAGAUUGCAGGUAAGACUUUUUUAUUCAUUUCAUUUAAGAAAAAGUAAGGUUUAGCGUUAUUUGGCGUUCGCAGAUCUCAGUGACAUAUUUCCCAUACAAAGUCUCUUAUAUUUUCAACGGUCGCCUGUAACGCGACACCGGCGCGCGUCACAUAUGUUAUGUAAAUUACAUUACACCCUUCCCUAGCAACGUGAGUUUGGGCGGCCUGUGUGGAUACUAUCUAUUAUUAGCUUGAAUGAUCACCAUCAUCUAUAUCAGAACUACUAGCCGGCUAUCUCUGCCAGGAGGCUACGAUUAAUCAGAGACACCUAUCAUGCUUAAAUUACAGGUUAAAUAUAUACAUUAAAAAAAAAAAUCGUUAUUUGAUAGUAUUUCACUAAGAGUAGUAUUCAACAGUAACCUUAAAGUAAACAAAUAUUAUGUUAACAAACGCGGCAUAAUGAUAUGAAAACAUUACAAAGUUAUCAACAACGCUGUUCAAAUUACAAUAAUUUCGAGUAAAAUGAAAGAACACGCGAAGGCAAUAUCAUAUACAUUGAAAUUAACGUAUUUUAAUAGUAUUCCGUUUCUCCCCGACUUGUCUCCCUACGCACCCUUCCCAUACUCUUAAAAGUGAAUUGUCCAUUGAGUUUGUUAAAACCUUACUUACUUAAAUUUUGUUCUUGAAAACAAAUAAUUGAUUUAUUGUGUUCCUAAAGCCAAUCGCACUGAAUAUUUAGAAAAUCCGUUUAUUUCAAGCUUCAUCGAUGAAAUACACUUAACUCCUAACAACCAUUAAAUUUCCUGCAUUUUGUCGCAGCUUUUUUAUCUGUGUUUGUUACAAACUAUGUCUUGAUUUUAAUUGAUACCAAUCACACUGGUGAUGUUUAAUGUCGUAACAAUGCCCUUGUGUCAAUUUUACUCGGAGAUUGUGCUGUUUAUUGGAAAACAGAGAAUGGAGCUUUAUUACAAAGAACCCGUUCUUUAGAUUUGCAUAAUUUUUUCACGCUAACAACUCCAUCGUGUGAGAGAAGUAUAGGAUAUUCAAUUUAUAACCAUUGCAACGACAGGUUAGUAACUAAUUUGGGGAGAAAGAGUCACAUUCUGUUUACUGUACUAGCAAGCAAAGAGUGCUAUUUCUCGAUAUUUCUUCGGACCGCACAAAUGGGCGGUAGAAAGUUAAAUAUUAAACAGAUAUAGAAUAAUAUAAUCGGUACUCUUUGGAAAUUAUACGCUACUUCUUUUAGCUAAAAUAUUAAUAUCUGACUCUACUUUAAGCUGAAAUAUCUACCAUGUCAGAGUAAUAUCUGCUCUUUUGAUCUGAUAGAUUUUAACGGACGACACGAACUAUUUGUUAGUGUAUAUGAUCGCCUGUGGACGAUUACGCUUGUACGCUUGUGUUCAAUCCCAUUUGUCCACGAAUUCUUCAGGGACUGUCGUGGAAAUAUUAUUGGGGGUUUAAAGAGGCUUCUUACAUGGAGGGAGAAAGAUCCUAGAAGGCGGAUCAUCCUAGUGCCAUAUGUUUUCUGUAUUCAGUUUACAUGCAAAACGUUGUACUUGUCCCUAGCGCUAGGAUCUUCCUUGCAGUGGGGUAGGAAUUAAAGAUCCUAGCACGAGCAAGAUCCUAGCACCAAGUAAACGGCUUUCACUAGGAAGAUCCUAGUGCUAGGUACAAACCACACAAAAAUGGCUGCGGGCCGUUCAAUGGGUUAUCUUCAAUCUUUAAUUCUUUCUCUACUGUUAACCAAACGGACAGAAAUUUCUGCAUGUAAACUCAACGAAACGUUGUUCAGUGUUAUAGGAUCUUCCUCCAGCUCUCUUCAUGUAAAAAGCCCCUAAGUAUACAUCAAAUAGGUGUAUUCGGUGGUAGCUUUAACAAAUUAACGAGAUUCAAACGAUUAUAGCCACUAUUAAUUUGAUUUUUUUGGCCGAUUCAAGUAAAACUACUCUGUCCUACCUUUAGCUUAGCUGUGUAGACAAUCUUUUGCAUACAGCAGACCUUGCUAGACAGUUUGCAGUCACGCUUCGGUAAGACAAAGUCGGAUCAAUGGAAGUUUCUGGGUAAAUGAUCGACCACUUACCCCUCCCCUUAGUCAACAUUGACACUUACUUCUCACUUGGGACGAAAUUGUGAAUUAGGGGAGGGGUAGGUGGAAAGUUAUUCAGAAAUCUCAAUUAAUCCACAAAGUCCUUUGAGUCCUUUUACUUGGCAAUUCUGUGUUACUUAAAUGAGGUGUGGACUUAUUGAAAUGAUUCGUAAAUGAUAAUGAUGAUGACGACGACCAAAAAGAGGAUGAUGAUGAUGAUGAUUUGGUAACAUUCCAUUGAUUUCUUUCAGCUUGUUUACUCCAAUGCAACUGACACCAUGUCUGAAUCGCACUUGUUAGCACCUCCCCAGGAGCCGUCGCGCAACUAUCGCUCCCAUUCCCUGAAAACACAGAGUCAGCCCUUCCUGUUUCCACCCCGAACUAAGCGACGUACCCUGAGUCUUCCAUCGACCAAACCAAUCAUCCCGCCCUUCAUUGUCAUAAGUGAUUACCAAGGCAACAAUAUAAGUGAACGCGAAGAUGGCGAAUCAAGAUGUGAAUAUCACAAGGAAUGCAUGGGUAAGUUUUUUUUUGUGCGUGUGUGUCUGCGUGAUGUCGUUUUCUCGUUCAGAGACUGUAGACAGUCAGUUUCAGUUUAAGAAUAUGCGCUUUUAAGAUUAAAAAAAAACAUGGCACGUCCAGGAAUGUUUAAGAGAUAUGUAAGUACCAUUAUACUAUUACUAUACCGUCAAAAUCCAUUUCGUUUUUGUUUUCUCAUUUCAAUUGAUAAAUACCGUUUUUGUUUCAGAAAACAACAACGAUAUAUGGUUUGCAUUAAAAAAAAACACUGGUCGUUGUAGUAAACCGACACCAUAAUAAUAUCAAAAUUAAACGCGUAAUUUUUCGUUAUCUCUCUUCUUUUCAGCGUGGUACACGCCCGUAGUUGGUUUUUCUUGUAGUGUUCUGAUUUACUUCUGCUCAUGCGCACUGGCCUACUAUUCAAAAGCAAGUUAAUCACUAGUAUGUUUUCGUAUUUCGUGACUUCAUUUAUUUAUGGAUUUCCUGAAACGUCCAGUUCCACGAAGUUUGCCGCUCUGUAUCGCUGGGGCAUCACUGACGUUUAAAGGUGAAGCUGUCAUCUUGUGCUCUCGUCCCAAACAUUGCUCGCCACAUAAUUCAGGUCAGAGCUCUCACCAUCUCGUGUCCAAUCAUGCUGGCGUAAAACCUUGACUGGAAGGACCAGGGCAUUCUUACAGGAGGAUGGCAAUGGGUUUGGUCUGGAAUUGGACUUGUCAUAAGGAUACUUGUUACAACAACAACAACACAUUAUAAUUAUAAAAUUAUAACUAAUUAAAUCAUUUUCCCACCCACAAAUAGCCUAGAGAGAGAGGGGAGAGGAAAGAUCUAUUUACAAUACAAGGUUCUCUUAGUUGGACUAAAUAAUAAUAAAGACACUACAAUA